AGGGCGGGGCGGCUCCUGCAGGCCGGGGUCAGCCCCUCAGGAGCCUAGACCGGCCCGCGGCAGCUGGGCUCUCUUCGUCUGCCACCAUGGGAUCCGAAAUUCUCAGUGGGAGGUGCCCGGUGAGGCGGGCUCGCCCCCUGAGGAAGGAGCCUCCUGCUGCUCCGGUGCGCCCGGAACCGUGAGAGCCGCCCCCGACCCCGAGGCGGCCCCUGGCCAGGUAUGGGGAGCAGGGGGCAGCUGGAGAGCGCCUGGCCGGGCUGGCUCCCGAAACCUGAUCUGGUCCGAGUCCCCUUGGGGUAAAACCGGGGCUCCCUCACGACAGCGGCCUCAGGUUCCCGCUGAUAUGCGUGUAAGCCACCAAGGAAAACACUGUCGUGUAUACACAGACGCCUAAAAUCGUCUGUCAGAAGUUACAGUUUGAAGACAUAAAGACGUGUUCUCAAAGGGGAACCAGCAGCUGGAGAAAAUACGAAGGAAUGCGAGGAAAAUUUCUCUUUCCGCAACGCCAGGUAUGAGGAAGAAAAGUUCCCAGGCUGUGUGGAGGUGUACUGCUCAAAGGGGAGUACAUCAUUCCCGACAGGAAAGAAGACCCUUGUGAGUGGGCAAAAAUGCAAUAGACAGUGAACCGAAGAGGCACAAGCCUCAUUUAGCUUUUUUAUGAGUGGUGGCCCCGUGUCUCCCGGGUUUGGUGGCCGCUGUCCAGCUGGGAUCCAGCGGGGAGGAGCCGCCAGGCCAGCGCGACCUCCCUCCCCGGGAGUGCCGCAGCGACAGCAGCGCUGGGAGCAGCGCUGGGCUCAGCUCAGCUCCCCCCCAGGCUCCAACCAAGUUCUGACAAGAUGUGCAGUGCAAAAAGUAAAUCAUUAGCGUUCACUGGAGUGCUGCUCAGCUGCCUAGAGAUGAUAUUGUCAGCAAACACAGCUCCAGAUAUACCUGUUAUUGACCAAGCUUAUUCAAAACUUAGCAACAGUAUCACAGUGGAAUGGAGAGCAGUACCUGGGGCUACUAAUUACAUGCUGACUGCAGAAGAUGGAGAUUCCUUCAGUGAAACUAUAGUAAAAAAUUCUCCAGGCAUAGUGACGGGACUGAAGCCUGCCACAUUGUACCGAAUCACUGUCAGAUCUAUAAAUUCAGGAGGAAAAAGCCAGCCUUCACCUUUCAGAAAAGUAAAAACAGUCCUGGCUGCUCCAAUUCUGUCUGUUCGUUCUCCGAGUUGUGACUCCAUUGCAGUGAGCUGGAAAGCUGUGCACACGGCAGCUGGGUUCUCUGUGUCACUCAUGAGAUCAGAUGGUUUGGGCAGAAUGCUGAAGCAGAACACCACCAAUACCUCCUUGAUAUUUACAAAUCUAGAUCCAGGAACUCUCUAUACUAUCAAGGCUUAUGCCUGGAAUGCCAAUGGGGUGCCUGGAGAUGAUUUCACAUAUAACCAAAGAACAAGUCCUAAUGCACCAGUGGAUGUUAAAGUAGCUUUUAAUAGUGGUGCUUUAAGAGCUGUUGUCUCUUGGAUGCCAACAGAAGGAGCUCUAACUUACAGUGUCACAGUCUCCAGUGGACUCCUGAAACUGAGGUGUAACACAUCUUCUGCCUCCUGCGUGGUGCCAUCCCUGCAGUGCAGCUCUCAAUAUUAUGUGUCUGUCACAGCACACAAUGAUGCUGGAUCCAGUGAACCUACUGAUGCAGUAAGCUUAAAAACUGUUCCUUGUGCACCAGUAAACAUCUCAAUUGAGGAGGAUGAACCUGGUCACUUGCUGGUAUCAUGGUCUAGCGUCAGUUUCAGUCAUUAUUAUGUGGUUUUUGUGAAGAGUGAUGAUGGCUUGGAAGUGCACUGCAACACAUCAUAUACUCAAUGCCAUUUCCAGUCCGACUGUGGUUUCACUUAUUUCAUUACUAUCUUUGCAUAUAACAAUGCAGGGCAGAGUCCUUUAGGUGAUGUAUUUAAUUACACUACUGCUCCUUGUUGCCCCAGUGACUUCAGGGCCGUGUUCAUGUCAAGCGACACGGUGCGGGUCACCUGGGCUCCUGUGCGAGGCGCUGACCUGUACGAGACGCGAGCGGCGGGCGGCAGCGGCGAGGUGCUGUGCAGGGACACGGCCACGGCCUGCACGCUGUCGGCUCUGCGCUGCAGCACCCCCUACAACAUCACCGUGUCCUCCUUCAGCGAGGCCCGGGGCAGCAACACCUCCUGUGCGCCGCGGCACAUGGCCACAGCUCCCUGCAGUCCUGAAAUUAAAAAUAUCUCAAAGGAGGGUGUAUCUGUAAUCAGUGUGCAGUGGCAGCCUAACAAUGAAGAAGCUACAUAUGUUGUCACUGCCAGAGGAGAGGCUGGACUUUGGCACUGCACAAGCACCAGGAAUUCCUGUACGCUAAUGGAUCUUCCCUGUGGAUCUGCUUUCUCUGUAAGUGCUAUAGCAAGAUCACCAGCAGGACAGAGCUUACCAAGCUACAGUAUCCCUUUAGAGACAGCUCCUUGUUGCCCUAAUGACCUGACACUAGCACAAGUGACACAGUCAGUAACCAAUAUUAGCUGGUCUGUUGGGAAGGGUUCACAGACAUAUGUAACAGCACUUGAGUCUCCAAAAGGACAGGCAAAAUGUCACACACUUCAGACCUACUGUCUCCUGGGAUGUAUCACAUGUGGCACCAACUAUACAGUGUCUCUGAGAGCCAUUAGUGAGACGGGUUUGACAUCCAGCUGCACCUAUCAGGGAUAUUCUUCCAGUGCUUGCUGCCCUUCUGGGGUGAAGCUCUAUAGACUCAGCAACAAUGGCAUCAGGGUGUUCUGGCGAGCUUCUGAUGAAACAAUAAACUACAAGGCUGACCUACAUGGCUCAAAGGACAAUUUCAGCUGUACCCCCAGCUCGGGUCUGAGUCACUGUGAUAUCACCAAGAUACCUUGUGGGGAUGUCUACACUGUGGUGGUAGCUCCAGUGACUGACAAGGGGCCAAAGCUCACAUUUUGUCCCAAGAAAAUAUAUUCAGUCACCUGUUCUGGAAGCUCUGUUGGAAUGGUCAUUUCUAGAGGAAAGAGCAACGCAAAACACAUCUAGAUGAAAUUCUGGUUCAGAUAAGGAGUCUUUUUCCCCCUGAAGCUGGAAAGACACAUCUGUGCUUAACUGCAACAUUCAUAGCUGCUUGAGGACUGGGAGCAGGAAAGCUGAACCCCUAGCCAUAUCUGAGACCUAAUCCAGGCAGGACCUCCUCUCAUACUCCACAGUGGUUACUUUUUCAGCCAGCUUUUAAAAUAAAGUUUAAUGUCAAUGGUUCUACAAACACGUGCAAUCUAACACAGUCUUCAGAAGCUCAUGUGUACAAAGGUAUCCAAAGACUACACGGUUUUUAGCACUAUUUUCAUUAUUCAUUUCACUUAUAAAAACAGACACUAUCCAUUCUGGGAACUGCCUUUCUUCAGAGAACACAUUAGGUUGUUAGGUAUCUCAGCCAAUGCUUCUGAUCAGUUGUGCAAGGUCUCAUGGGAAUCUCACACUUCAGUAGGUUGCUUGUAGACGGCCAAAAAAUUAUAUGCUGCUUCUUAAAACAUGAUCUGCCUUUAGUCAUGAGCAAAGACUUUCUUUAGGAAACAUUAUUUAAAACUGCCCUGCAUUAGUUAAUAGAAAGUUGGUUUUAUUUCUCACUUAAUAAAAAAAUAAACAGCCUUCUUCCUUGAGGGUUCUAUUUCUGUAUUUCUUUGCAGACAUUAUUGCCAAACACUGUCACCACAGUGUGUUUAACUGGGUUUUCAGAGAUGUAAAGCAAUUGGUUUCUUUUCAAACCAAAUUCAAGCCCCAAAUGACUUCUUUACUCCUAAGCAAUUCUGGUAAUUCUAUGCUCUAAUAGUAAAUCUAAUGUACUUUAAGCCAUUCUAAACUGUUGGUAUAUGUUUUCUUAAUUCUCCCUGGCAUACAGACCUUAACACCUCAAUUACACACUACAAACAACGUUGUAGUAUUAUUUUCAUCAGCUCCUCUCCCUUUUGUCACUGAAAAGAAGUGUAAUUGUAUCAGAAUGAAUUAUUCGUAUGUCUGUUGGGGGGAAAGGGCAAAAAGCUGAAGAGGAGUCACGAUUUCAAGAAAAAACCACAUUGAUUCAGCUCUAAAAAAGUGGGUAGCAGAUGUAUACAAUUAACAAAACAGGGAGAAAAAGCAACACAAAGAAACUGAGCCAGAUACACACCUUCUACUAUGGCAGUGUAUAACUUCAAGGUGUUGUUAUUCAGGCAUUAGACAUUGUCCAAUAACAAUUGUCUAACCGUUAACACUGCUGCUAAGUGAAACAGCGCCGGCAUUCACUGAGCUGAUUAAAAAAUUUGGUCAGGUUCUCUCCAGACUGAGGUAAACACUUUUAUGGGUCAUGGUGACUCGCGAUCACAGGAAAUGACAAUUACAUGUCACGUUUUUAUGGAUGCUGUUUCUUUACUAUUUACUUGUAUGAAGCUCUGGACUUCAAGAAGCACAAAAACCCCAAGCAAGAACAUUCUCAACCAAUCAAACAACAAAAAUCCUACCAAGAAACCCUAAACAACCCAACCCCACAGCCUCUUGAAAAAAGACUUGAGAACCAAGAAAAUUCCUGUUGAAGGCUUGGAGGUAGGCAGCAUAUGGAUAUGCUAAAAUGGAUGCUUUCAGAGCAGUAUCUGUGAAAUCAUGUGGACUAACAAAUGAGGUGAUUAAAACCACCUACGUUAUUUCACAGCAGCAUUAUUUAAUGCUUAAUAAAAAAUUUAAAUGCAAUGCAUAAAGUUGUAUUAGUUGGAAUUACACAAAUAUGAACAUUAGCAAAAAAAUUGUAUCUAUUAAAAUACACAUUGUUUUUAAUUGCAGCUGACACAGAAUACCUCAAAACUUAGAUACGUUUUUCAAUCCACUGAAGGAAAUGGCAAAAGUCUACCCUUCAGCUGAUUGCAGAUUUUAACCAAUUUUACUGAGAUUUAGUAUUCUACCACAUUUGACUAUUGCUGGUGAAAAGAUAUAAUGACAACCUCAUUUCAAACCUCAAGAGUGACAUUUAAAUGCUGUUUUACCCUGCUUAAUAGUUGGUAGUCAUCCAUACCUAAAGCUACUUGCACUUCACAGUGGGGCAAAGGGCUCAAACAUUUAAAGCCAGCAGAAUUCAUCAAAUUCCUUCAGGUUCCCCUAAAGAGGGGAACUUGUAUGCUGUAUCCCAGCUAAACUAUUAGAGACACAUGGCAUACUAUGGAAACUUCAGGUUCAUAGUGCUUUGGUCAUAGUCAUUCACCCUGAGAAUUGAAGAGUGAGUGCACAGACUGUGAGACAACAGAUCAGCACCACAGCUCCUCCAGCUAAAAUUGGCAGAAAUUUUCUUCUAAUGCCCCUAAGAUGAAUGCCCAGUGCAGCUGCACUGCAACAACCACACCAGAGUGGGCAGCACCAGCAGCUCCACUGGCUCAUCAGAGCUGCUUUCACAGCUCUGCAGUUCUUUCUGCUUUCUAAGGAAGGGCACAUGAAAUAACAUCAGAAAGACAAAAAGGUAUUAAGAGAUCCUGGAUACAAACUGGACAACUGUAUGACAGUAGAUCCCAAGGGUAAUUUUAGACAAGUGUCUUGGUUCAAGUAGUUUUCACAGGUCUUGGUUGGCAGUGAAUAUUAUGCUGUCCAUUACACUGCUAACUCAAGUAUCGAUCAUAUUAAAUUCAGAGGUCAAAAAGGACUACUUAUAAAAUAGGAAAAUAAAAGCACAGUCCUGAAAUUACUGCACCUGUAAAGAGAUGCUGGGAUGGGCCAGUCUUUGCACAAGCUGUAUCAAAAUGCCCACCAUCUUUGCUGUAGUGAGACAGUCCAAGCUCAGGUCAAAGAUUGUCUCUCAAGUACCUGCAUUUUUUCCUGCAAAUAAACCAUUCUUUCACACUGUAUUGCCCAACAGUCUCAGAAGAGGACGAAGAGCCCUGAAGGAACAACUGGAAAUCAGUAAUCUGUUUUCCCUGACAAAACACUGGUUCUGCAGCCUCUCUGCCCAAGAACAUACUUGUUUCAGAAACUGAAGGUUAAAAACAAGGCCAAAAGAAGCCCUCUAGACACAAACAAGAUAAAUUAAAGUUGUCCUCACUGUUUGGACAAAAUCCAUGCAAUCCUUUGGCAGACUGCAGAAACAGUUCUAGUAAUCUACUAGACAGGGUACUUCUUUUCUUCUCCAAUCUUAAAUGAAAGCUCAUUAUUUUAGUUUUAUGCUGCAAGGGAAUGAAUUUGUUGAAGCUUAAGUUUUGUUGCAAGCUCAGAUUUUGAAUCAGGUAACACAAAUAUAAACAGACAACCUUAACCUCAUAACUAAAAAUGUUGAAUAACUUAGGAUAUUAGGAGAUAAAUAAUAUUACAGUCCAGAAAAUAGGAAGAGCUGGGAGGAAGAAAAAAAGUUUGCUUCUUGGAAUACUAUGGGAAUGAAGUACACUGUUGGUAGUCAAACACUGUUUUCCCUGGAUAUUUAAAAUGAAAUAUGCCUAGAUGACCUGCAUCAGACAGAAGCAAAAGGCACAAAUAUUUUAUUUCUACCCUCAGGUUACUUCAUGAUUGAUUCCCACUUCAUAUUCUUCCUACCAUGAGGCUGCAGCAUUUCUUUUGUUUGCUACAUCUUUGUUGUAAGUUACUCAUUACAUAAAAUCCCUUAUUCAUACAAAGUGUCACUUAAUCUAAAAAUAAAAUGUGGAGGAACUGAAGUACUCUUUAACUGGCAAUGAACGUGCAGGGAAAAGCUGACACUCAAUACAAAGGAAUUAAUUGAGAGUUUAUUCCAGAUGGUUCUCCUCACUUAGUAUACAAGUCGUCAGAAUAAUCUAUGAAAUAGACUUGGACUUUAAUGAUAUUAUCUUUUUCCUAUAAUGCAUUUUGGUUUUUGCUUCUAACAAACUGUUUAAAAAAAAAACCUGCCAGAUGAAAUGUUCAGCACAAACUGUGAUCUUUACUAUUUGUAGAAAAUAUGAAUUAAAAAAGAACACUAUCAGUUAAUUCUUAUUUUAAAUGUUUACACUUAUAAAAAUGCUUUGGAAGCUUGAAACUGAAAUCCUUUGUAAUAUUUUUCUUCUUCCUACCUCCCUCUUCCCAUCUUAAAUGCCUUUAUUAGCCCAGGAUUAUCAUAAAUGACAGAGUGCAGCUGCUUAAAAACAUUAAAAGACCACAAAUGCAUAAACU